AUGGAGAAGAUGAAUCAAAGGCUUGAAACCAGUAUAUCGACUAAUCAAAAUCGACAUGAUCAAGCCGAAGCCUCCCAUAUUAAUGAGUCCAUAUUUCAGCGAAGAAAUGCAGGGAUUGAUAGGGCUCAGAUUUUGGCUUUAAUACAGGCCGAAGUAGCACAAGGUCGCAGACGUGCUCGGUCAGUAUACAGAAAGCCCUAUCCCGAUCAUGUCGAUGCCCAUGAGUUGCCUAGAAAUUAUCGGUAUCCUUAUUUUUCUAUGUACAGUGGUGAAGAAAAUUUCUCUACGGUGCAGCAUAUUGCAAGGUUCACUGCACAAUGUGGAGAAGCAGGUCCUAGCCCUUGGUUAAGGAUGAGGUUAUUCUCUAGCUCUCUUGCCAGGGCAGCGUUUGAAUGGUUCAGAAAGGUUAAACUCAAAUGUCGAGUAAGUUUGCUAGAACCAAAAUACAUCAAGUUGGCAUUAAAUGGUUUAGACAUUGAACAUUGCAAGAGGUUUGAUGGGGUUGAGUUUCAAGAUCUCUUUGAUUUGGCAGAUAGGGCUUCUCGGUAUGAGGAAAUACUAAAAGAAGAGAAAGGAAGGAAGAAUUCUUCUAAGGGUACUUGGUACAAGGACCCUAAUUAUGAGGUAUUCUCGGCAGAAGUUGGAGAUAAAUUAGAGGUUGACGUUGCCGAAGUCAAUAUCAAAAAGCCAUACGUUUAUGAAGCGUUGGUUAAACCUAAACUGACCACGGGGGGUAAUUCAUGA